CUGCCGCUUGUCUUCUCAAACAGACAGUGCGGAAGGACUAUCACCACCUACUUUUGUUUUCUUACUUAUUCUUUUACAAUUGAAUAUUGUAUCUUCCUCAACUACAGAAUGUGAUUAGGAGACGGUAAGCGCGGCUCUCGUCACGUUCUAAGACCUUGCAGAACAAUCGUGACGGAUCCAUCGUUGUUCGCCACCAGUUUAAGAUUCCGCAGUUGAUAAACCGGCGUCAGCCCCGCUGUACUGUCCUCUCCGCUGCGCCUUGCAGUUUUGACUAAUUCUCCGGCGAGGAGGAUCCGACUACGGCAUCUUAGUGAUUCAGAGCGAGACUCAAGUUGUAACACACCAGGAGUUAACAAUGACAGCCACCAAGGAGCAGCCGACCCAGAGACAGAACCAGCUACAACAAGAAGAGGACCUGGGAGGAGGCAGCCCUUCUCAGAGGAACUGGAAAGGCAUCGCCAUCGCUCUCCUGGUCAUCCUGGCCGUGUGUUCUCUGAUCACCAUGUCCGUCAUCCUUCUUACUCCAGUGGAUACCCAGGCUGGGAGUGACUCCAAACUGGCCGUGGAGGAUCUGUUCAAACCCCAGUUUAUGGUCCACGACCCUGAAGCCAAAUGGAUUAAUGAUUCAGAAGUUAUCUACAGAAAUCGCGACGGCCACGUCAUCAAGUUCAACAUCCUCACAAACGAGACUGAGUUUGUCCUGACCAACACUACAUUUGUUAAUUUCAACGUUGCAAAGUAUUCUGUGUCACCGGACCUGAAAUAUGUGCUUUUUGCCUACGAUGUCAAACAGGUUUACCGUCAUUCCUACAUGGCUUCCUAUAGCAUCUACAACAUUCACACCAGGGAGGUGUGGGAGCUGGACCCUCCAGAGGUGCUUAACUCCGUCCUGCAGUACGCUGCCUGGGGCGUCCAGGGCCAGCAGCUGAUCUACGUGUUUGAAAACAACAUCUACUACCAAACAGACGUCAAGAGUAACUCCUUACGGCUGACCUCCUCGGGGAAGGGCGGCGUGAUCUUCAACGGGGUCGCUGACUGGCUGUACGAGGAGGAGGUUCUCCAGACACAUGUGGCUCAUUGGUGGUCUCCUGAUGGAGAGAGGCUGGCUUUCCUGGUCCUCAAUGACACGCUGGUACCCAACAUGGCCCUGCCUCGCUUCACGGGCACCAUCUACCCCAAGGGGAGGCAGUACCCCUACCCUAAGGCUGGGUCUCCCAACCCCACUGUGAAGCUGCUGGUGGUGAACCUGUACGGGCCCACACACACACAGGAGCUCACCCCCCCGGACGGCCUGAAACUGAGGGAACACUAUGUGACCAUGGUUACCUGGAUCAGCAAAACCAAGACAGCAGUCAGGUGGCUGAACCGCGCCCAGAACAUCUCCAUCCUGACUGUGUGUGACACGACCACCGGAGCCUGCGUCAAGAGGCAUGAAGAAACCUCAGAGCUCUGGCUUUCAAAGCAGAACCAGGAACCAGUGUUUUCCAAAGACGGCAACAGAUUCUUCAUGACGGUUCCUGUCAAGCAAGGAGGCCGUGGGGAGUUCCAUCAUAUUGCCAUGUUCACCACGCAGUUCAGAGCAGAUCAAAAUGAAGUUCGCCAUCUGACAUCAGGAAACUGGGAGGUGACGAAGAUCCUGGCUUACGAUGAGACCAACGAAAAUAUAUACUUCCUCAGCACAGAGGGAUCACCACGGAGACGACAGCUGUUCAGCGUGAAGACGGUGGGUCUGUUCCCCAGACGCUGCCUGACGUGUGAGCUAAAUAAGGCUCACUGUCUGUUCUUCGCUGCUGAGACCAGCCCCAGUAAUCAGCACGUCCUUCUGCACUGUAAAGGUCCCGGAGCCCCGACUGUGCUCUUGCACAGCCUCAACAACGCCAAUUACUACGUCCUUGAGAACAAUUCUUUGCUCAAGGCUGCCUUGAAGCACAAACGGAUUCAUCAAACUGAAUUUACAGUAGUUCAGAUGGAACAUUUUGACUUGCCUCUGAAGAUCUCUUACCCACCGGACUUCUCCGAUUCUCGUCACUACGGCCUGCUCUUGAUAGUUGACGGCUCCCCCGGUGGCCAGGCAGUGAGUGAGCGCUACCAGCUGGACUGGGACUCGGUGCUGGUCAGCUCUGACAGUGUGAUCGUGGCUCGCCUGGACGGCCGGGGCAGCGGCUUCCUGGGCCAGAGGAUCCUGCAUGAGGUCCACCAGCGCCUGGGGACUGUGGAGGUUCAGGACCAGAUCGCAGCUGUCGAAUACAUGAUGAAGUUCCCUUAUAUUGAUCGGACACGGAUAGCAGUUUUUGGAAGGGGUUAUGGAGGCUAUAUUACACUAAUGAUGCUUAAAGCAACAGACAAGCUUUUUAAAUGUGCAGUUGCUGUGUCACCAGUCACCGACUGGAAACUCUACGCCUCAGCGUUCUCCGAGCGCUACCUCGGCAUGCCGGUACGGGACGACAGCAGAUAUCAGUUCUCCAGUGUUCUGCAGAACGUGCAGUCUCUUAGAGAACAGACCCUAAUGCUGGUCCACGGCACUGCAGAUGCCAACGUUCACUUCCAGCAUACUGCAGAGCUCAUCAAGAACCUUGUGAAAGUUGGAGCAAACUACUCGAUGCAGAUGUACCCAGACGAGGGCCACUUCCUGUCCCAGAGGAGUCGACAGCACCUGUCCGCCACGCUCACUAGCUUCUACAGGGUCUGUCUCCAGGAGGAGUUCCUGCCCGAGGAGGAGGAGGAGGAGGAGGAGGAGGAGUAGCAGAGCAAGAGCAGGACUCUCCACACUGGAAACCCUGGGAGACUUCUAGGGUUUUGCCGCCUGGACCAAGUAUUGAUACAGAGACAGUGAGAACAGCUGAUAUUGAUGCUUUGUGACGUGUGUGUGUGUGUGUGUGUGUGUGUGUGUGUGUGUGUGUGUGUGUGCGUGUGUGAAAGUUGGCGGAAGAGCGGUUUGUUUGAGUUUGAGACUUUGACGUUUGCCUGUGUGUUUGGGAGUACCUGCGUGUGUGUAUGUGCAUGUGUGCAUGCAUGUAUGUGCGUGACUUCAUUUGUAUGUGUGUGUGUUUGUGUGUGUGGGUGUGCACUCACGUGUUGGACAGCUGACGUACACCUUGCCGGGACUGUGGUUGGAACUCUUGCAUCUAAAAAAUGCAUCUUGAACUUUGAGGUGAUCCCUCUCUCGGCGAAGCACACAGGCCUGCUGCUUCCACAGCGAGGUUGUUAGGCUUUCACCUCCACCUAGGACUGCAUGGUCCGCCUCUCCCUCUCAGCUUCACGCCUGUUACCACGUUAGUCUCCUGUCGUGCCAGGCACCAGGAAGAGAGACACACACAGAUGUACCCUUACUGACCUCACCCCUCUUUCUGUCCACCUCACCCCCUCUUGUCGUGGCACAAGGAAAUUGCUCCUCUCUUCCUCUUCAGAACACGUAGGCCGCGCCAUGACUGUGACAUCCACGAAAAAGUGCAAUUCCCGUCCAAUCCUGUCUAAUCAUCGCUUUCAAAAAAAUAUCCGUCCUCGAUCAUGUUUUAUCAUACAGGGGUCUUACGUAGACAUGUGCAAUGCCUUAUGAAGUUCCACAGAAGAGUACACCAUCAGCAGCUAUUAGCAGCAUCACGCUAACCUGUGUCAACUCAGGCCUUUGAGGCACAAGACAUCGUAGUGUCUCUAAGACGGUUUAGGUCUGUUGUAAUGUCAGGUCAUACAUAAGUUAUAAGUCCUGUAUGUAGGAAGUGGUCACAAAGACCAAAAUAUCUCUUAACGUAGGGCUUGAGUAAGGUGUUUUGCAUGUCUACAGGGGAAUCCUAAAGUGUUGACGCAUUUUGUACAUUACAAUACAGCAGAGUGUGUACAUACAUAUAUUUUUGAGAUAUGUCAGAUCUCAUGGAUAGUUUAGUCUAAGGGGAAGGAUGGAUUUGACCUGGAUGUCUUGUAAGUCUCAGUUUCCCUUUUUGUUUUGCGGUGGUGUUUCUUCUUAGGAUGGAUUUUGUAAUGCUUGCUCCAGUUAAUUUAGUUGUUUUUAAAGAGGCGGGGGAGGGGGUUGGGUUUGGGUUAUUGUGAUUGUCCUCUAGUGAUGAUUAUGAAUAAAUAAAAAAAACAUGGAGAAAAUGUAAUACAUUAU